GGCCGCGGACUCGUAGCGGGCGCGGUGUCUCGAGCUCCCUCCCGGUUCUCUCCACUCUCCCUCUCGCUUCUUCUCUCUCGCUCGCUCGCCAUGUCGGAGCCCGGCGGCGGCGGCGGAGGCGGCGGCGACGACGGCCCCGGCGGCCUGGAGGUGUCGGCGGUGCAGAACGUGGCGGACGUGGCGGUGCUGCAGAAGCACCUGCGCAAGCUGGUGCCGCUGCUGCUGGAGGACGGCGGCGACGCGCCGGCCGCGCUGGAGGCGGCGCUGGAGGAGAAGAGCGCGCUGGAGCAGAUGCGCAAGUUCCUGGCCGACCCGCAGGUGCACACGGUGCUGGUGGAGCGCUCCACGCUCAAAGAGGAUGUUGGCGAUGAAGGCGAGGAAGAGAAAGAGUUCAUCUCUUACAACAUCAACAUCGACAUCCACUAUGGAAUCAAGUCCAAUAGCCUGGCCUUCAUUAAACGGACUCCAGUCAUCGACGCAGACAAGCCCGUGUCUUCUCAGCUUCGAGUCCUCACGCUUAGCGAAGACUCCCCAUAUGAGACUCUGCACUCCUUCAUUAGCAAUGCGGUGGCUCCUUUUUUCAAGUCCUAUAUCCGAGAGUCUGGCAAGGCAGAUAGGGACGGUGACAAAAUGGCCCCAUCAGUGGAGAAGAAGAUUGCAGAAUUGGAAAUGGGACUCCUGCACCUUCAGCAGAACAUCGAGAUCCCAGAGAUCAGCCUGCCCAUCCACCCCAUUAUCACCAACGUCGCCAAGCAGUGCUAUGAGCGGGGGGAGAAGCCCAAGGUCACGGACUUUGGUGACAAGGUCGAAGACCCCACCUUCCUCAACCAGCUGCAAUCUGGGGUCAACCGCUGGAUCCGGGAGAUUCAGAAGGUGACCAAACUUGACCGAGAUCCAGCCUCAGGAACGGCCUUACAGGAAAUUAGUUUCUGGCUGAACUUGGAGCGCGCACUAUACCGAAUUCAGGAGAAACGGGAGAGCCCGGAGGUCCUGCUCACCCUGGAUAUCCUGAAGCAUGGCAAGCGCUUCCAUGCCACUGUCAGCUUUGACACGGACACUGGUCUGAAACAGGCUUUGGAAACAGUGAAUGACUACAACCCUCUGAUGAAAGAUUUCCCGCUCAAUGAUUUGCUGUCUGCCACUGAGCUGGACAAGAUCAGGCAGGCUCUCGUGGCCAUCUUCACCCACUUGCGGAAGAUCCGGAACACCAAGUAUCCCAUCCAGCGGGCACUUCGUCUGGUGGAGGCCAUUUCCAGAGACUUGAGCUCUCAGUUGCUCAAAGUCUUAGGCACCAGGAAGCUGAUGCAUGUGGCCUAUGAGGAAUUCGAGAAAGUCAUGGUGGCAUGUUUCGAGGUCUUCCAGACAUGGGAUGAUGAGUACGAGAAGCUGCAGGUGCUGCUGAGGGACAUUGUCAAGCGGAAGCGUGAGGAGAACCUGAAAAUGGUCUGGAGGAUUAACCCAGCACACCGGAAGCUCCAGGCCCGCCUGGAUCAGAUGCGGAAGUUCCGUCGGCAGCAUGAGCAGCUCAGGGCCGUGAUCGUGAGGGUGCUCAGGCCACAGGUCACAGCGGUGGCGCAGCAGAACCAGGGUGAGGUGCCAGAGCCGCAGGACAUGAAGGUGGCUGAGGUGCUGUUCGAUGCAGCUGAUGCCAAUGCCAUCGAGGAGGUGAACCUGGCAUACGAGAACGUCAAGGAGGUGGACGGGCUGGACGUGUCCAAGGAAGGCACUGAGGCCUGGGAGGCGGCCAUGAAGCGCUACGAUGAGCGCAUCGACCGCGUGGAGACCCGCAUCACGGCACGGCUGCGUGACCAGCUGGGUACCGCCAAGAAUGCCAAUGAGAUGUUCCGCAUCUUCUCGCGCUUCAACGCGCUCUUCGUCCGGCCACACAUCCGGGGAGCCAUCCGCGAGUACCAGACGCAGCUGAUUCAGCGCGUAAAGGACGACAUCGAGUCACUGCACGACAAGUUCAAGGUCCAGUACCCGCAGAGCCAGGCCUGUAAGAUGAGCCACGUGCGGGACCUGCCGCCCGUGUCAGGCUCCAUCAUCUGGGCCAAGCAGAUCGACCGGCAGCUGACAGCCUACAUGAAGCGUGUGGAAGACGUGCUGGGCAAGGGCUGGGAGAACCACGUGGAGGGCCAGAAGCUCAAGCAGGACGGCGACAGCUUCCGCAUGAAGCUCAAUACACAGGAGAUCUUCGAUGAUUGGGCACGCAAGGUGCAGCAGCGCAAUCUGGGUGUGUCAGGCCGUAUCUUCACCAUUGAGAGCGCGCGUGUGCGUGGCCGCACGGGUACCGUCCUGCGUCUCAAAGUCAACUUCCUGCCCGAGAUCAUCACACUGUCCAAAGAAGUUCGCAACCUCAAGUGGCUGGGCUUCCGAGUGCCUCUAGCCAUCGUCAACAAGGCACACCAGGCCAACCAACUGUACCCAUUUGCCAUCUCACUCAUUGAGAGUGUCCGCACCUACGAGCGCACUUGUGAGAAGGUAGAGGAGCGCAGUAGCAUCUCACUGCUGGUGGCCGGCCUCAAGAAGGAGGUGCAGGCGCUCAUUGCCGAGGGUAUCGCGCUUGUCUGGGAGUCCUACAAGCUUGACCCCUAUGUGCAGCGCCUGGCUGAGAACGUCUUCAACUUCCAGGAAAAGGUGGACGACCUGCUCAUCAUCGAAGAGAAGAUCGACCUAGAGGUGCGCUCACUGGAGACCUGCAUGUAUGACCACAAGACUUUCUCUGAGAUCCUGAACCGGGUGCAGAAGGCCGUGGAUGACCUGAACCUGCAUUCCUACUCCAACCUGCCCAUCUGGGUCAAUAAGCUAGACAUGGAGAUUGAGCGGAUCCUAGGUGUGCGCCUGCAGGCAGGCCUGAGGGCUUGGACCCAGGUGCUAUUGGGACAAGCCGAAGACAAGGCUGAAGUGGACAUGGACACAGACGCCCCGCAAGUCAGUCACAAGCCUGGCGGAGAGCCCAAGAUCAAAAAUGUGGUGCAUGAGCUGCGGAUCACCAACCAGGUCAUCUACCUGAACCCGCCCAUUGAGGAGUGCCGCUACAAGCUCUACCAGGAGAUGUUUGCCUGGAAGAUGGUGGUGCUGGCCCUGCCCCGCAUUCAGAGCCAACGCUACCAGGUUGGUGUUCACUAUGAGCUGACAGAAGAGGAAAAAUUCUACCGGAACGCUCUGACGCGCAUGCCUGACGGCCCUGUGGCUCUGGAAGAGUCUUACUCUGCCGUCAUGGGCAUUGUGACUGAGGUCGAGCAGUAUGUCAAGGUCUGGCUACAGUACCAGUGUCUGUGGGACAUGCAGGCCGAAAACAUCUACAACCGACUAGGGGAGGAUCUCAACAAAUGGCAGGCCCUGCUGGUUCAGAUACGGAAGGCCCGGGGCACCUUCGACAAUGCCGAGACCAAGAAGGAGUUUGGGCCCGUGGUCAUAGACUACGGCAAGGUACAGUCCAAAGUGAACCUCAAGUACGACUCCUGGCAUAAGGAGGUGCUCAGCAAGUUCGGGCAGAUGCUGGGGACCAACAUGACAGAAUUCCACUCCCAGAUCUCCAAGUCCCGUCAAGAGCUGGAGCAACACUCAGUGGACACGGCUAGCACUUCUGAUGCAGUGACCUUCAUCACUUAUGUGCAGUCACUAAAACGGAAGAUCAAGCAGUUUGAGAAGCAAGUUGAGCUCUACCGAAAUGGGCAGCGCCUUCUCGAAAAGCAGCGGUUCCAAUUCCCACCUUCUUGGCUCUACAUCGACAACAUCGAGGGCGAGUGGGGCGCCUUCAACGACAUCAUGAGGCGGAAGGACUCGGCCAUCCAGCAGCAGGUGGCCAACCUGCAGAUGAAGAUCGUGCAGGAGGACCGUGCCGUGGAGAGCCGUACCACUGACCUGCUCACUGACUGGGAGAAGACCAAGCCUGUCACGGGCAACCUGCGGCCAGAGGAGGCACUGCAGGCCCUCACCAUCUAUGAGGGCAAGUUCGGGCGCCUGAAGGACGACCGUGAGAAGUGCGCCAAGGCCAAGGAGGCACUGGAGCUCACUGACUCAGGUCUCCUGGGUGGCAGCGAGGAACGCGUCCAGGUGGCCCUAGAAGAGCUGCAAGAUCUCAAAGGCGUUUGGUCAGAGCUUUCCAAGGUCUGGGAACAGAUUGACCAGAUGAAGGAACAGCCAUGGGUGUCCGUGCAACCCAGGAAGCUGCGGCAGAACCUAGAUGGGCUCCUAAACCAGCUGAAGAAUUUCCCAGCACGUCUUCGACAGUAUGCUUCCUAUGAGUUUGUGCAGCGACUCCUGAAGACCUAUCUGAAGAUCAACAUGCUGGUGAUUGAGCUCAAGUCAGAGGCCCUGAAGGACCGGCACUGGAAGCAGCUGAUGAAGAGGCUACACGUGAACUGGGUGGUGUCCGAACUCACUCUGGGUCAAAUCUGGGACGUGGACCUGCAGAAGAACGAGGCCAUAGUCAAGGAUGUGCUGUUGGUGGCGCAGGGCGAGAUGGCGCUGGAGGAGUUUCUGAAGCAGAUCCGGGAAGUGUGGAACACAUACGAGCUGGACCUGGUCAACUACCAGAACAAGUGCCGCCUCAUCCGCGGCUGGGACGACCUCUUCAACAAGGUCAAGGAGCACAUCAAUAGCGUGUCGGCCAUGAAGCUGUCCCCCUACUACAAGGUGUUUGAGGAGGACGCCCUGAGCUGGGAGGACAAGCUGAACCGCAUCAUGGCACUGUUUGACGUGUGGAUUGAUGUGCAGCGCCGCUGGGUCUACCUGGAAGGCAUCUUCACAGGCAGUGCUGACAUCAAGCACCUCCUGCCUGUGGAGACCCAGCGCUUCCAGAGCAUCAGCAUGGAGUUCCUGGCACUGAUGAAGAAAGUGUCCAAGUCCCCCCUCGUGAUGGAUGUUCUGAACAUUCAGGGGGUACAGCGAUCGCUGGAAAGGUUGGCGGAUCUGCUCGGAAAGAUCCAGAAAGCUUUGGGAGAGUACCUGGAAAGAGAGCGGUCGUCAUUCCCCAGGUUCUAUUUUGUGGGUGAUGAAGAUUUGCUGGAAAUCAUCGGAAACAGCAAGAAUGUUGCAAAGCUACAGAAGCACUUCAAGAAGAUGUUUGCUGGCGUGUCAAGCAUUAUCCUAAACGAGGAUAACUCUGUCGUCCUGGGCAUCUCAUCUCGAGAAGGCGAGGAGGUGAUGUUUAAAACCCCUGUGUCCAUCACCGAGCACCCCAAAAUCAACGAGUGGCUCACACUGGUCGAAAAGGAGAUGAGAGUCACACUGGCUAAGCUUCUGGCCGAAUCGGUCACAGAGGUGGAGAUCUUUGGCAAAGCUACGUCAAUUGACCCAAGUACUUACAUCACAUGGAUCGAUAAGUACCAGGCCCAGCUGGUGGUCCUGUCAGCUCAAAUCGCUUGGUCAGAGAAUGUGGAAACUGCCCUCAACAGCAUCGGAGGCAGUGGGGAUGCAGCAGCUCUGCACUCAGUGCUCAGCAAUGUGGAGGUCACUCUCAAUGUGUUGGCUGACUCUGUGCUUAUGGAGCAGCCACCACUGCGGAGACGGAAGCUGGAGCACUUGAUCACAGAGCUGGUUCACCAGAGAGAUGUCACCCGCUCCUUGAUCAAGAGCAAGAUCGACAACCCCAAGUCCUUUGAGUGGCUCAGCCAGAUGCGCUUCUACUUCGACCCCAAGCAGACUGACGUGUUGCAGCAAUUGUCCAUCCAGAUGGCCAACGCCAAGUUCAACUAUGGCUUUGAGUACCUGGGCGUCCAGGACAAGCUGGUGCAGACGCCCCUCACUGACCGUUGUUAUUUGACCAUGACACAAGCCCUGGAGGCCAGGCUGGGGGGUUCCCCAUUUGGCCCUGCUGGUACUGGAAAGACGGAGUCUGUCAAGGCCCUUGGCCAUCAGCUUGGCCGCUUUGUCUUGGUUUUCAACUGUGACGAGACCUUUGAUUUCCAGGCCAUGGGGCGCAUCUUCGUGGGGCUCUGCCAGGUGGGUGCCUGGGGCUGCUUCGAUGAGUUUAACCGGCUGGAGGAGCGGAUGCUGUCGGCCGUGUCUCAGCAGGUUCAGUGCAUCCAGGAGGCGCUGCGCGAGCACUCAAACCCCAACUACGACAAGACCUCUGCGCCCAUCACCUGUGAACUGCUCAACAAGCAGGUGAAAGUGAGCCCAGACAUGGCUAUCUUCAUCACUAUGAACCCUGGCUACGCUGGCCGAUCCAACCUCCCUGACAACCUCAAGAAGCUCUUCCGGAGUCUGGCCAUGACCAAGCCAGAUCGGCAACUGAUCGCGCAGGUGAUGCUGUACUCGCAGGGCUUCCGCACAGCUGAGGUGCUGGCCAACAAGAUUGUGCCCUUCUUCAAGCUCUGUGAUGAGCAGCUGUCAUCCCAGAGCCACUAUGACUUUGGCCUCCGUGCGCUCAAGAGUGUGCUGGUGAGUGCCGGCAAUGUGAAGAGAGAGAGGAUCCAGAGAAUCAAGAGGGAGAAGGAAGAACGUGGAGAAGCAGUCGAUGAAGGGGAGAUUGCAGAGAACCUUCCUGAACAAGAGAUCCUAAUCCAGAGCGUCUGUGAGACCAUGGUGCCCAAGCUGGUAGCUGAGGACAUCCCGCUGCUCUUCAGCCUCCUGUCAGAUGUGUUUCCUGGGGUCCAGUACCACCGGGGAGAGAUGACUGCACUUCGGGAGGAGCUGAAGAAAGUGUGUCAGGAGAUGUACCUGACUUAUGGCGACGGGGAGGAGGUUGGCGGCAUGUGGGUGGAAAAGGUGCUGCAGCUCUACCAGAUAACUCAGAUAAACCAUGGCCUCAUGAUGGUUGGGCCCUCAGGCAGCGGCAAAAGCAUGGCCUGGCGAGUCCUGCUCAAGGCCCUGGAGCGGCUAGAGGGCGUGGAGGGUGUGGCCCACAUCAUUGACCCUAAGGCCAUCAGCAAAGACCACCUGUAUGGGACUCUGGAUCCCAACACCCGUGAAUGGACAGAUGGACUCUUCACACAUGUCCUGCGAAAGAUCAUCGACAAUGUGCGCGGGGAGCUACAGAAGCGCCAGUGGAUAGUCUUUGACGGUGAUGUGGAUCCCGAGUGGGUGGAGAACCUGAACUCAGUGCUGGAUGACAACAAGCUCCUGACACUGCCCAAUGGGGAACGCCUCAGCCUCCCGCCUAAUGUACGGAUCAUGUUCGAGGUGCAAGACCUGAAGUAUGCCACCCUGGCCACUGUGUCACGCUGCGGCAUGGUGUGGUUCAGCGAGGACGUGCUGAGCACAGACAUGAUCUUCAACAACUUCCUGGCCAGACUGCGCAGUAUCCCCCUGGAUGAGGGCGAGGAGGAGGCACAGCGCCGGCGCAAGGGCAAAGAGGAUGAGGGAGAGGAAGCAGCAUCCCCCAUGCUACAGAUCCAGCGGGACGCAGCCACCAUCAUGCAGCCAUACUUCACAUCCAACGGCCUGGUCACCAAGGCACUAGAGCACGCCUUCAAGCUGGAGCACAUCAUGGAUGUGACACGCUUGCGCUGCCUGGGCUCCCUCUUCUCCAUGCUGCACCAGGCCUGCCGCAACGUGGCGCAGUACAACAGCAACCACCCCGACUUCCCCAUGCAGAUCGAGCAGCUGGAGCGCUACAUCCAGCGCUAUCUGGUGUACGCCAUCCUUUGGUCUUUGUCUGGGGAUAGUCGGCUGAAAAUGCGAGCAGAGCUGGGGGAGUACAUCCGGAGAAUCACCACUGUACCACUGCCCGCCGCCCCCAAUGUCCCCAUCAUCGACUACGAGGUGUCCAUCAGCGGUGAGUGGGUGCCGUGGCAGGCCAAGGUGCCUCAGAUCGAAGUGGAGACCCACAAGGUGGCUGCCCCAGACGUGGUGGUACCUACCCUGGACACAGUCCGCCACGAGGCUCUCCUCUAUACCUGGCUGGCUGAGCACAAGCCGCUGGUGCUAUGUGGGCCACCAGGCUCCGGCAAGACCAUGACACUCUUCAGUGCCCUCCGGGCUUUGCCGGACAUGGAGGUCGUGGGUCUCAACUUCUCCAGUGCCACCACACCCGAGCUCCUACUGAAGACCUUCGACCACUACUGCGAGUACCGGCGCACGCCCAAUGGUGUGGUGCUGGCUCCUGUGCAGCUGGGCAAGUGGCUGGUGCUGUUCUGUGACGAGAUCAACCUGCCUGACAUGGACAAAUACGGGACACAGAGGGUCAUCUCCUUCAUCAGACAGAUGGUGGAGCAUGGCGGCUUCUACCGAACUUCUGACCAAACCUGGGUGAAGCUCGAGAGGAUCCAGUUUGUUGGAGCCUGUAAUCCUCCAACGGACCCCGGCAGGAAGCCUCUCUCACACAGGUUCCUGCGCCAUGUGCCUGUCGUCUACGUGGACUACCCGGGACCUGCCUCGCUGACGCAGAUCUAUGGCACCUUCAACCGUGCCAUGCUUCGGCUCAUCCCGUCCCUUCGCACCUACGCCGAGCCACUCACCGCCGCCAUGGUGGAGUUCUACACCAUGUCUCAGGAGCGGUUCACACAGGACACGCAGCCCCACUACAUCUAUUCCCCCCGAGAGAUGACGCGUUGGGUGAGGGGCAUCUUCGAGGCACUCAGGCCCCUGGAGACUCUGCCAGUCGAGGGCCUCAUUCGCAUCUGGGCACAUGAAGCGCUGCGUCUCUUCCAGGACAGGCUCGUGGAGGAUGAGGAGCGGCGUUGGACAGACGAGAACAUUGACAUGGUGGCCCUGAAGCACUUCCCGAACAUAGACAAGGAGAAGGCCAUGAGCCGACCCAUCCUCUACAGCAACUGGCUGUCUAAGGAUUACAUCCCAGUAGAUCAAGAAGAGUUGCGAGACUAUGUCAAAGCACGGCUGAAAGUCUUCUAUGAAGAGGAGCUCGACGUUCCUCUAGUCCUGUUCAAUGAAGUGUUGGAUCACGUGCUUAGGAUCGACCGGAUAUUCCGACAGCCUCAAGGCCACUUGCUUCUGAUCGGUGUUAGUGGCGCGGGGAAGACCACGCUGUCCCGCUUCGUGGCCUGGAUGAAUGGGCUGAGCGUAUACCAGAUCAAGGUGCACAGGAAGUACACGGGGGAGGACUUUGACGAGGAUCUCAGGACUGUGUUGCGGCGCUCCGGCUGCAAGAACGAGAAGAUUGCCUUCAUCAUGGACGAGUCCAAUGUGCUGGAUUCGGGCUUCCUAGAGCGUAUGAAUACUCUGCUGGCCAAUGGAGAGGUCCCUGGGCUGUUUGAAGGGGAUGAGUACGCCACCCUGAUGACACAGUGUAAGGAGGGUGCCCAGAAGGAAGGCUUGAUGCUGGACUCGCACGAGGAACUAUACAAGUGGUUCACCAGCCAGGUUAUCCGUAACCUCCAUGUGGUCUUCACCAUGAACCCGUCCUCUGAGGGCCUCAAGGACAGGGCAGCCACAUCCCCUGCCCUCUUCAACAGGUGUGUGCUGAACUGGUUCGGGGACUGGCCCACAGAAGCCCUGUACCAGGUGGGUAGGGAGUUCACCAGCAAGAUGGACCUAGAGAAGCCCAGCUACAUUGCACCUGACUACAUGCCAGUGGUAUAUGACAAGCUUCCACAGCCGCCAACACACCGAGAGGCCAUAGUCAACAGCUGUGUGUUCGUGCACCAGACACUCCACCAGGCAAAUGCCCGGCUGGCCAAGCGCGGAGGCAGGACCAUGGCCAUCACUCCCCGCCACUACCUGGACUUUAUCAACCACUACGCUGAUCUCUUCCACGAGAAGCGCAGUGAGCUGGAAGAGCAGCAGGUGCACCUGAACGUGGGGCUGCGCAAGAUCAAAGAGACCGUGGACCAGGUGGAGGAGCUACGCCGAGACCUGCGGAUCAAAAGCCAAGAGCUGGAGGUGAAGAAUGCAGCAGCCAAUGACAAGCUCAAGAAGAUGGUCAAGGACCAGCAGGAGGCCGAGAAGAAAAAGGUCAUGAGCCAGGAGAUCCAGGAGCAGCUGCACAAGCAGCAGGAAGUCAUUGCUGACAAGCAGAUGAGCGUCAAGGAGGACCUGGACAAGGUGGAGCCUGCUGUGAUCGAGGCCCAGAACGCCGUGAAGUCCAUCAAGAAGCAGCACCUGGUGGAGGUGCGGUCCAUGGCCAACCCUCCCGGUGCUGUGAAGCUGGCGCUUGAGUCCAUCUGCCUGCUGCUGGGUGAAAGCACCACAGACUGGAAGCAGAUCCGCUCCAUCAUCAUGCGGGAGAACUUCAUCCCCACCAUUGUCAACUUCUCAGCUGAGGAAAUUAGUGAUGCCAUAAGGGAGAAAAUGAAGAAGAACUACAUGUCCAACCCCAGUUACAAUUAUGAGAUUGUCAACCGGGCGUCCCUGGCCUGCGGCCCCAUGGUCAAGUGGGCCAUCGCACAGCUUAACUACGCCGACAUGCUGAAGCGCGUGGAGCCACUUCGUAAUGAGCUGCAGAAACUAGAGGACGAUGCCAAGGACAACCAGCAGAAGGCCAAUGAGGUGGAGCAGAUGAUCCGAGACCUGGAGGCCAGCAUUGCCCGAUACAAGGAAGAGUAUGCCGUGCUCAUCUCUGAGGCCCAGGCCAUCAAGGCUGACCUGGCUGCCGUGGAGGCCAAGGUGAACCGAAGCACGGCCCUUCUCAAGAGCCUGUCAGCUGAGCGUGAACGCUGGGAGAAAACCAGUGAGACCUUCAAGAAUCAGAUGUCCACCAUUGCCGGGGACUGCCUGCUUUCAGCUGCCUUCAUUGCCUACGCUGGCUAUUUUGACCAGCAGAUGCGUCAGAACCUCUUCACCACCUGGUCCCAUCACCUGCAGCAGGCCAACAUCCAGUUCCGCACAGACAUCGCCCGGACCGAGUACCUGUCCAAUGCCGACGAGCGCCUCCGCUGGCAGGCCAGCUCACUGCCAGCUGAUGAUCUGUGCACCGAGAAUGCCAUCAUGCUGAAGCGCUUCAACAGGUACCCGCUCAUCAUCGACCCGUCAGGCCAGGCCACAGAGUUCAUCAUGAACGAGUUCAAGGACCGCAAGAUCACGCGUACCAGCUUCCUGGACGAUGCCUUCCGGAAGAACCUGGAAAGCGCCCUACGCUUUGGGAACCCGCUGCUGGUCCAGGAUGUGGAGAGCUAUGACCCUGUGCUGAACCCCGUCCUGAACCGAGAGGUCCGACGCACAGGAGGCAGAGUCCUGAUCACCCUCGGUGACCAGGACAUAGAUUUGUCACCGUCUUUCGUCAUCUUCCUGUCUACCCGAGACCCAACUGUGGAGUUCCCGCCCGACCUCUGCUCCCGCGUCACCUUUGUCAACUUCACCGUGACCCGAAGCAGCCUGCAGAGCCAGUGUCUAAAUGAGGUGCUCAAAGCUGAGAGGCCUGAUGUGGACGAGAAGCGCUCGGACCUCCUCAAGCUGCAGGGGGAGUUUCAGCUGCGGUUGCGCCAGCUGGAAAAGUCACUGCUCCAGGCCCUGAAUGAGGUCAAGGGCCGCAUUCUGGAUGAUGACACCAUCAUCACCACCUUGGAGAACCUCAAGAAGGAGGCUGCUGAGGUAACCCGCAAGGUGGAGGAGACAGACAUCGUGAUGCAGGAAGUAGAGACCGUGUCGCAGCAGUACCUGCCACUAUCCACCGCCUGCAGCAGCAUCUACUUCACCAUGGAGUCCCUGAAGCAGAUCCACUUCCUGUACCAGUACUCGCUACAGUUCUUCCUGGACAUUUACCACAAUGUCCUGUAUGAGAAUCCCAACCUGAAGGGCGUUACAGACCACACACAGCGCCUCUGCAGUAUCACCAAGGACCUCUUCCAGGUGGCCUUCAACCGGGUUGCACGGGGCAUGCUGCACCAGGACCACAUCACCUUUGCCAUGCUGCUGGCCAGGAUCAAGCUCAAGGGCACUAUUGGGGAGCCCACCUAUGAUGCUGAGUUCCAGCACUUCCUGCGUGGGAAGGAGAUUGUGCUGAGUGCCGGCUCUACCCCCAAGAUCCAGGGCCUGACCGUGGAGCAAGCUGAGGCAGUCGUGAGGUUGAGUUGCCUCCCAGCCUUCAAAGACCUGAUCGCCAAGGUCCAGGCAGAUGAACAAUUCGGCAUCUGGCUGGAGAGCAGCUCCCCGGAGCAGACGGUGCCAUACCUCUGGAAUGAGGACACCCCUGCCACGCCCAUUGGACAGGCCAUCCACCGCCUGCUGCUGAUCCAGGCCUUCCGACCUGACCGCCUGCUGGCCAUGGCUCACGUGUUCGUGUCCACCAAUCUUGGCGAGUCCUUCAUGUCCAUCAUGGAGCAGCCACUGGACCUGACGCACAUCGUGGACACGGAGGUGAAGCCCAACACGCCUGUCCUCAUGUGCUCGGUGCCUGGGUAUGACGCCAGCGGGCACGUGGAAGACCUGGCAGCUGAGCAGAACACGCAGAUCACCUCCAUCGCUAUCGGCUCAGCCGAGGGCUUCAACCAGGCAGACAAGGCCAUCAACACAGCCGUGAAAUCGGGCAGGUGGGUGAUGCUCAAGAACGUGCACCUGGCACCAGGGUGGCUGAUGCAGCUGGAGAAGAAACUGCACUCACUGCAGCCACAUGCCUGCUUCCGGCUCUUCCUUACCAUGGAGAUCAACCCCAAGGUGCCUGUGAACCUGCUUCGUGCAGGCCGCAUCUUCGUGUUUGAGCCACCCCCUGGGGUGAAGGCCAACAUGCUUCGGACUUUCAGCAGCAUCCCUGUCUCCCGGAUAUGCAAGUCCCCCAACGAGCGGGCCCGCCUCUACUUCCUGUUGGCCUGGUUCCAUGCUGUCAUUCAAGAGCGUUUGCGCUACGCACCCCUGGGAUGGUCCAAGAAGUACGAGUUUGGGGAGUCUGAUCUGCGGUCGGCCUGCGACACGGUGGACACGUGGCUGGACGACACCGCUAAGGGGAGGCAGAACAUCUCCCCGGAUAAGAUCCCCUGGUCAGCCCUGAAGACCCUAAUGGCUCAGUCCAUCUAUGGUGGCCGCGUGGACAACGAGUUUGACCAACGGCUGCUCAACACCUUCCUGGAGCGUCUCUUCACCACCAAGAGCUUUGACAGCGAGUUCAAGCUGGCCUGCAAAGUGGAUGGCCACAAGGACAUUCAGAUGCCCGAUGGCAUCAGGCGCGAGGAGUUUGUGCAGUGGGUGGAGCUGCUGCCUGAUGCCCAGACGCCCUCCUGGCUGGGGCUGCCCAACAACGCUGAGCGGGUCCUGCUCACCACGCAGGGUGUGGACAUGAUCAGUAAGAUGCUGAAGAUGCAGAUGCUGGAAGACGAGGAUGACCUGGCCUAUGCUGAGACGGAGAAGAAGACGCGCACCGACUCCACAGCUGACGGCCGUCCCACCUGGAUGCGGACCCUGCACACUACUGCCUGCAACUGGCUGCAGCUCAUCCCACAGACGCUUGGCCACCUCAAGCGCACAGUGGACAAUAUCAAGGACCCACUAUUCCGCUUCUUCGAGCGGGAGGUGAAGAUGGGUGCCAAGCUGCUGCAGGACGUGCGGCAGGACCUGGCCGACGUGGUACAGGUGUGUGAGGGAAAGAAGAAACAAACCAACUACCUGCGGACGCUCAUCAAUGAGCUGGUGAAAGGGAUCCUGCCCCGCAGCUGGUCCCACUACACGGUGCCGGCUGGCAUGACAGUCAUCCAAUGGGUGUCCGACUUCAGCGAGAGGAUCAAGCAGCUUCAGAGCAUCUCGCAGGCUGCGGCUGCGGGUGGCGCCAAGGAGCUGAAGAAUAUCCACGUGUGCCUGGGUGGCCUGUUCGUGCCCGAGGCCUACAUUACGGCCACACGGCAAUACGUGGCCCAGGCCAACAGCUGGUCCUUGGAGGAGCUGUGCCUGGAGGUGAACGUGACCACGUCUCAGGGUGCCUCCCUGGACGCAUGCAGCUUCGGGGUCACAGGUCUGAAGCUCCAGGGUGCCACAUGUGGGAACAAUAAGCUGUCGCUCUCCAACGCUAUCUCCACCGUCCUACCGUUGACACAGCUGCGAUGGGUGAAGCAGACCAAUGCUGAGAAGAAGGCAAACGUGGUGACACUACCUGUGUACCUAAACUUCACCCGUGCGGACCUCAUCUUCACUGUCGACUUCGAGAUUGCCACCAAGGAAGACCCACGCAGCUUCUAUGAACGCGGUGUGGCGGUGCUGUGUACAGAGUGAGCCCCGUGCCCCCACCCCACCUCCAACCCCUCAUGGUAAAGCUCCUAUGGACGGUGACCUAGUGCCCGGAGGUUUGGCAGGUCAGGAUGGUCAGAGGAAAGUCGGCGGUUUGCAGUCAGAGAGAAGGACCGAGUGGGACUUUGGAAGGAAGGACAGAGGCAGAGGCAUAAGUGCAAAGUUGAGGGUCAUGUGUGGCUGUUCCGGGAAUAAAACACUAAGCAUGAGUGAGCACCGA